GAUGGGUUUGUGCUGCUGAUCGCACCUGAGCAGGCCUGGCUCAAGCUCCAUUAAUCCCAGAAUUAAGAGAUUCCCUCAUGGAAUCUUCUGCUCUUCUCCCAGCUCGGGUGCCAGGGGGCACCACCCGGGAGUCUCCCAGGGCCCUGUUCCUGUCCGGGGGCUCCAUCAUGUCGUGCUUCUCUCAGUUCUGGCACUCCAGCACCCCGGACUCUCCCACCACCCCGGUGCCGGCGUCUCCGGCCGAAAUCUCCAUCCCCAUCAGCCCCGUGUCGGUGCCAUCGCCGGCAGGGGAUGCCAAGAGGAAAGGCCGCUCUCCCCUGGGCUCCCCGAGCUCCGCCAGCCCCGGCAGCCCCAAGCCGGCGUCUCCCGUCGAGUGCUCCAUCUGCUUCAACACCUACGACAACACCUUCAAGACUCCCAAACGCCUGCAGUGCUCGCACGUUUUCUGCCUGGAGUGCGUGGCCAGGCUGAGCACGGCUCUGCCGCCCAACCAGCCCGAGGAGCUCCUGCCGUGCCCCUUCUGCCGCCAGCUCACCCACAUCCCUCAGCAGGGAGCGCCCGGGCUGGCCACCAGCAAGGAGCUGCUGGCCACGCUGCCCCCGGAGCUGCAGCACGAGCGGCAGCUGUGGAUGGAGGGCACGCGGUUGUGCUGCCGCCGAGACGACGCCGACGGUGGCGGCGAGGGCGACGAGGCCUGCGUGUCCAUCGACGUGGCCAUGAGCAAGGCCGAGAGCGCCCAGGAGGCUCCUCAGGGGCUGCCGGCCGCCUUGUCCCGCUGCGAGCUGUGCCAGGACUGGAAGCGCAUCGUGCUGCUCUCGGCGCUCCUCAUCAUCCUCUUCUGCAUCAUCCUGUGGCCCGUGCAGUGCGCGCUCAAGACGGGCAACCUGCGCUGCCUGGCGCGGCCCGUGGCCGUCAGCAGGCCCGAGUACCUGCCGCCCAAAGCCACCACGGCGGCCGCCGCUGUCACACGGCCGGCCCUGCAGUAG